GUAAUUACCAGUAGGAGGCAGUAGUGCAACGCAUAGGAUGCCAACUGCCGUAAAACCCCAAAGAAGAAGAGAAGCAUAUUAUCUUGUUGGAAAACUGCCCAAAACUACAAGCUCCGACGGCUCAGCUAGCAUUCCAUGUAGCUAGCCAGCAGGUACGUAACUAACAAGCAAAUCUUUUACUUCGGUUUGGCAUGGCGGAGGGUAGCGGUAACGUUAACGUCGGUGCGGCCAACCUUCCUCCGGGAGACCCACAGCUGAUCGGUAUGAUUGUGGAGCAUCUGAAGAACCGGGGGCUUUUUGAUGAGUUCCGUCGGGACUGUCUCGCCGACGUUGAUACGAAGCCCGCCUAUCAGAACCUGCGACAGAAAGUUGACAACUAUGUCACGUCGCACCUGAGCACACAGGAUUGGAACCCGUCUAUCAACAAGAACCAGAUGAGGAACGGACUGAGACAAAGUGUUGUUCAAUCAGGUAUGCUGGAGUCCGGUGUGGACAGGAUCAUCACUCAGGUUGUGGACCCCAAGAUGAACCACACUUUCCGGCCGCACAUAGAAACUGCCAUCCAUGAUUUCUUGUCAGGGGACAGGAGGGAGGAGAACGCCUUGUGUCCUAACUCUGCACCGCCUGAACCGACGGAACUACAGGAAGCUCCGUCUGCUUCUGGCCCCCAAACCCCCUGCAUGCCGGCGAACUUGUCCGCUGUGUUUUUUCUGCUCCUGGCCUGUCAACAGGUGUUGACGAUGGAUCAGCAUGAUGUCCUGGAGAAACAACUAACCAAAAGACGCCUCUCUCUGCAGGGCACAGCGGAGAUUCAGAGUUGCCUGGUGAGUUCAGGGGAUGUCGGCUGUGGGACGUUCCAGUGUUUCAACAACAACUCCUGUGAAAUCCAAGGGCUGCACCACAUCUGUCUCACUCUGCUGCACAAUGCCGGGCGCUACGACUCACAGGGUAAGUCAUUUGUGAAGGAUGCGUUGCGGUGCAUGGCGCUGGGACUGCGGCAGCGCUUCAGCUGUGUGAGCCGCCGGUGUUCAGCGGUAAAAGACAUGGUGUUCUCGCUCCAGAGAGAGUGCUACUCCAAACACCAGCUCUGCCUGGCGCUAAGAGACCACAUGGAUACCAUGGGCAACCUGGUUCAAUUCCACCUGAUGUUUCCCUCGGGACCGUACGUGGAGCUGAUGAACUUCCUGUUGAAGUGUGGAGACGAGGUUGGGUUGUGGGUCGGUCAGCGGCUGCGCCGGCAAUGCAUGCAACACUGGGGUGCACUGUGCAGCAGCUUUGGCAGCACCUGCUCUCUCAGCCAAUCGGACGCUCCGCAGCACACCACCACCCCACCAACCACUGUGCCCUUGGCUUUCACCACUCAAGGACCCAUGCAGCAGCCAACCAGAGCAGCCGGACCAGAGGACAGGACCGGGUUUAGUCAGAUCGACAAUGCGACAGAAUCUGGUCUCCCCGUGUCUAAGAAAUCCAAUGUUACUGCUUCCUAAACAGACAGACGAGUUAUACAGAGUUGCAGACAGGGUACGCAAAGAUCAAGCACUUAUUAACUAUUAUACAGUAUAAGUAGUAGAAUGAGUAAAAGUAGUGGUAGUGGUUUGGUGUUGAAUUGCUGGUGAAAGCAAUGCAACAUAACUUAUUUAAUCUGUUGGGUAUUUGUGGUAUAUUAAUAUUUUCCUUUACACUUGACUUUGUACAAGGAUGAAAACCAAUUAUCUACCUCACUUCAACAUAACAGUACACCACAGUGGCUGUAUGCUUCAGCAAAGGGCAUGGACGCACACAAGUAAACACUACAGGGAAUCACUCCUCAAGUGCAGCUGAUGGCUCAGAGUCAGUAUUCUACCUAUUUAAAUCUGUUUUUGUAUAUAUGAGGAUUGUUAUGGGCACCAUAAAGUUGACAGGUUAUCAAACGUUAUCUUGUAGACAGUCAGGGUGCAGUCUGCAAGAAGGGAAGCACUCUUUGGUUAUUACGUUAUAAAUAUGUAUUUUUAAUGUUCUACUUGAGCGAUCACAUUUCAUACAAACCCCAGGUUUCAAGCUAUGUUUUGU